GUCCGGUUUGACUCCGAGCAAGGCGGCCGCAGCAGCAGCAGCAGAAGAAGAAGAAGAAGCAGAAACUGAGAGAGGCAGCAGGACUGGAGCUAAAAACCCAGCUCAACUCAGCCUCAUGCUUCACUGUGGGCUCUUCUCCUCCUCCUGUCCAGCUGCCGACAACAUUGUAACCAUUAUUUAUCAGUUAUUCGUGUCAUUUAGCCAGUAAAAGAGUGUUUAAAGCCCCGAACAGUGGAGGGGAGGAGAAGGAGAAGAGGCCGUAGUCAUGGAGCUCUACUGCCUGGAGACGGACCAUGCAGCAGUCAGAGCUCAGCAAGACCCAAACAUCCUCUAUGAUGACAGAGUGCUGCAAAGCUUAUUAACCAUUGAGGACAGGUUUUUACCUCAAUGCUCUUAUUUCCAGCGGGUCCAGAAGGAUAUUCAGCCUUAUAUGAGACGAAUGGUUGCAGGUUGGAUGCACGAGGUGUGUGAAGAGGAGAAGAGUAAUGAAGACGUCUUCCCUUUAGCCAUUAAUUAUUUGGACAGAUUUUUAGCGGUGAUGCCCACCAGAAAGAGUUAUUUGCAGCUCCUGGGAGCUGUGUGCAUAUUCCUGGCCUCCAAGUUAAAGGACUGCAGGCUGCUAUCAGCAGAAAAACUUUGCAUGUACACAGACAACUCCAUCACACCACGGGAACUGCUGGACUGGGAGCUGGUCGUGCUGGGGAAGUUGAAGUGGAACAUGGCCUCGGUCAUCCCAAAUGAUUUUAUAGAGCACAUCAUUCGCAGGCUUCCCCUUCCCAAAGACAAGCUGGCGAUGGUCCGCAAACACACGCAGACAUUCAUUGCCCUCUGUGCCACAGAUGACCGCCUUGCCAUGAACCCUCCUUCCAUGAUCGCCACUGGCAGCAUGGGAGCCGCCGUCUGUGGCCUGCAGCUGGACCACAGUGACCAGAGGCUGAGUCGAGACAACCUGACAGACCUGCUGGCCAAGAUCACCAACACAGAGGUGGACUGUUUGAGGGCGUGCCAGGAGCAAAUCGAGCGUGUGCUGGCCUCCAGCCUGCAGCAGGGCCGGCAGUACCGGCAGGAGACCGGCGUCCGAGCAGGAAACAAGGCGAGGGAGCAACAAGACCAGUCCAGCACCCCCACAGAUGUACGUGAUGUCAACUUAUGAACUCCCAUCACCACAUGACUCACACACCACCACCACCACUCACGCCUGUUUACCAAUGAACUAACGGGGUUGCCCGGAGAGCUGCCAGUAUCGACGUCAAGGCGCCACAUGAGUGAUGGUGACAAAUCUAUGAACUUUUAGAAAAUAAGAAAUUUCUAGUUUUUCUCCUUUUUUUGCCCCAUUCAUACCCGGUUGGGUUCACCUUUUAUACGGGCCACAUGUAAUCAAACAAGCUAUUUAAAUAAGCAAAAAAACUUGAUAGUGCCUUCGGUUUCCCUGAAUGGAAACCUGAAUAUAUUUUCAUACUUGAAAAAAAAAAAAAUUAUAUGAAAUAUACAUAUUUCUUUUGAUACAACCUAGUAUAAAAAUAAAUACAUAAUGUAUAUUUAGCUAGCAUUUAGUUACUCUUUUAUCCUCGUUAGUGAGCAGUUAUCAAUUCACAGUUUUAUUGGGUUUUCCUCACCUGUGCAGGAGAACUAUAAUUAAAAUGUUGAUACAGUACGUGGCAUUUAGAUAUCCAGUCAGAGGAUCGCUACUGUAGCUAGCUGCUCUCUCUCUCUUAUCCAUUAAAUACUGUGCACCUGUAGCACUGCUUACUAUUUAUGCUGAAAAGUGCUGGCCGGGAGUGGGCUGGGCCUGCUCACAGAGGACGGACCUGAGGGGCUUUGAGGUGUGGAGCAGUGGCUACUGUUAGAGGUUAACACAGAGGACAAGGUCAGUUAUUAAGGUCUUGAUUACACUGCCAAAUCCACAGACCAGUACAGUAUGCUAUAGGACGACAUGUAUCAUAAUUCAACGAGGCUACAUUAUUAUUCUGUUCUUGGUCUAGCUCCUAGAGAAGUAGGUGGUUUGCAGGUGAUUUGAGCCUCAGCUAGGUGAUGUUACUAGAGGAAAAGGCAAGUUUGGUUUUAGAGGAAAUGGAUGCAAGUCGAAGGUUUUCUUGUGAGAUGGUUUUUGGAAAAAGAAACGCAUGUGUAAAGUGCUGGAUUUGAUGAAUGAUAGCGAGACGGCGAGGAAGUUAACUUAAGCUAUGUAAUGUUUCUGCAGUUGCACCAUACGGAGGAAGAAUGUCCGAUCAGAGGAGGAUCAGAUUAGUUGUGCUGCAGUUUUUCGGUAACACUUCAUUUUACAGGUCUGCAAAUGUCAUGGUAAUUAGGUGAUAAUUAGCAAGUAACCUAUUUGAAAUUUGUUUGAAAUUACUCCAAUAUUUACCU